AUGGCCCUUAGUCCAGGGGCUAGUCUGGUCCUCCGUGAAGACGCAAAGAUGACACCGAGUCUCAGCUCCACUGAUGCCCCUGGUUUAGGCUCUGGCACCAUCUCUGCACCCAACCCAGAUGUGGACGUUGUUCCUACCUUGAAUCCACGCCUGAGUCCUGGCUUGGCUCUUGUCCCAGACCUUAAUUCAACUCUCAGUCCUUUCUCGGAGGAGGCUCCUGGCCUGGGGUCUGAUAACACCCCCAGACCUGAUGACAGCAGGGCCAUGGCUCCAGCCUCCCUCCAGAUCACCCCUGCCCACUCUGGUGAAGCCCGGGGUUUGGAUUCCAAUCACAUCUCAAGGCCUAACUCACAGCGGGCCCCAAGUCCACCUUCAAACCUUGUUCUGAACCCUGACUCUAUGGAGGCCCAGGGUCUGAGUUUGGGGAACCAUUCUGGACCAGAUUCUGAGGAGGCCUUCAACUCCCUCCCAAGCAAGACUUUUGAUUUGGGUCAGAGUAACUCCCAUUCUUCCAGGCCUGAAUCAAACCCAUUCAAGACUUAUUCAAAAGAAAGUCUUGUUCUGGGACACAGCGUCUCCAGGCCAGGCUCAAAAGCUCUCCUUAUUCCAGCCCCUCACUCUUCUCUGGAUCCUGGUCCCAAUCAGCUGCUCAGCGUGGGCCCAGGAAACAUCUCCAAGCUGGACCUGAAUGCAGCUCCAAAUUCUCCUGGGUCCCUCAUGCCAGACAUGAAUGAGACCAAAACUUUGGUUUCACAUAACAUCUCUGGAUCUGUUUCAAAAAGAACCUUUGGUGCAGCCUGGAACAAGAGUUCCCAGGGAACCAUCAAUGCGGCUUCAAAUGGCAAUCCCAAGUCUGAUUUGAACAUGACCAUCACUCAGGGUUCAUGCUUGACCCUGGUUCCUGGUUCCAGUGAUGCUAUCAGCCUGCACUCCAGCACCCAUGGACCCAACUCCACCCUUUCUCCACCCUCAUGCAUGACCCUGAUCUUGAGCUCCAAUGAGACUCUGAGCCUGGGCUCCAGCCUCAUCUUCAGCGACACCUCCACCCUGACACUGAGCAGCCAGCAGGAUUGUUCCGAGGACAACAGCAUCCACACCGUGCCUCUGGAGGGGAAUCUGGGCAGCCGGAGCAAGAUGACUAGUGUUGAGGUGGGCCAGCUCCCCCUGGGGUUCCCCACCAGUGACCCCAUGAAUAAGGACUCCACGGCCUUCCAGAGCAUCCCUCAGGUGCUGGGCUACAGGGAUUGUCCCCAACCUCCCUGCGGCCACCACGAUCUUCUCACGUCUUCACCCGCCUCAGGUUCCCCCGUGGUUUCUCACGUCUCGUGGCAGGUGGCGGGGCGUGUAGGGACAGCCCCCGAGGGGCGGUUUCGGGGUGGCUCCCACCCUGCGGCUUUGCCCUCUGCUGCCCCCGAGGUCGAGAAUGCCCUCAGCCUCCAGAAGAGCCGGGACGUGCUGGACAUGGAAGACGAGAAGAAGACCAUGAAGAAGCUGAUGAAGCAGAUCCAGGAGGAGCCGCCGGAUUCUCUCUCGAGCUCCGUCCGCCAGCAGGCCAUGCAGACCCUGACCCAGCUGAGUCAAUCCCAGCUCGUCCUGGGUGUGCAGGAACGGUCGGAGCUGAUGAACACAUGCGUGAAGAGUGUGUUCUCCCUGCCCUCUGUGCAGGCCAUGCAGGAGAAAGAUGAGGCCAAGGCUGAGGCCACACAGAUCCUUUACCUUCAGACCUUGGGUGCCCUGCAGACCCUUCUCAAUGCCCUCUUCAAUGAGGACCCCACUCCUGCUGGGCUGAAGAGCAUCCUGGAGCCUCUGGGGCCCUGGAUGAACUCUGGGAAGGCCCAUGAGAGGGCACGGGCUGUGAAAUGCAACGUCUCUGUGUUGAAGCACAUGCUUCUGACCCUGCCUUGCUCUAUGUCCUCGGGGUUUCCGGCACCGGGGCUUCUGCUGGGGAGGCUCGUCAUUCGCAUCGGGGAUCCUGAUGAGGAGAUUGGCCGGGAGGCUCUGGACGGCAUCACCGUCCUCUACACCAUCUUGGAGCUUCAAAAACGAGUCAGAGAUAAGGAAGAGACCAAUAAGAAGGAGCUGUACAAGAGCAACAAGCGUUUCCUGGGGCCCUACAACCCUGUCAGCCCGUGCCAGAACAUUCUGCGUGCGAUCGCGGAAUUUGGGGACUUCCUGGGGCCCCAGGAGGUAAAGGACCUGCUGCUAGCAGCCCUGGAAGGGCUGGAAGGUGGCUCAGAGACUCGGGCGAAGGGCUCCGGGGAAGUGAUGCAGCUGGCCUCAGAGGUCACGCUCAGCUCAGUGCUGGAGUGGUACCGCCACAGGGCGCUGGAGGUGAUCCCGGAAAUCAUGCAGGGCAUCUACGUGCACCUGAGCCACAUUCAGGAGCCACGGGCCCGCGAGGUGGCCCUGCUGCCCGUCUCUCUCCUGGCCAGCUCCUUCAUGACUGAGGUCGUCGUGGCUCUGCUCAUGUGUCCUCUCCCGCUGGACAGCAAUGCAGCAGAGAUGUGGAGGCAGCUGAUACUGCGCAAGCCCGGCUGUGACAUCCGAGAUCUCCUGGAUCUGCUCCUGGCCAGCCUGAAGGAAAAGCCUGUCACCAAGAAGGGUCGGGCCUCCAUCGUGCCUCUAGCGGCAGCCAGCGGCCUGUGUGAACUGCUGUCCGUCAACAGCUGCAUGGGCCGCGUGAGGCGCAUCUACCCCCAGCUGCUCUUGGCCCUGCUCAUUCAGGUCCAUUACCACAUUGGCCUCAACCUGCCCGGCCGUGUGGCUUCCCACAACGUUGCCAAGAAAGACGCUCAGCCCUCCGGCUUCGUGCCUGUACGCUGGGUGGUCAAAGUGGUGAAAACCCUGCUGCUGAAGAUGGGCUGCUCACACGAAGCUACCUUUCUGGAGGACCAGGGAGGCUGGGAGCUCAUGGGGCAGGCAGAGAACCACCACCGUGGAGUGUCCCUGCUGGCCAGGGCCAUGGUGCACUACUCCUGCCAGGAGCUGUGCCGCAUCCUCUACCUGCUCAUCCCGCUCCUGGAGCGAGGCGACGAGAAGCACAAGAUCACUGCCACUGCCUUCUUCGUGGAGCUCCUCCAGAUGGAACAGGUGCGACGGAUCCCCGAAGAAUACUCUCUGGGGCGGAUGGCGGAGGGGCUGAGCCACCGGGACCCCAUCAUGAAGGUGCUGUCCAUCCGAGGCCUGGUCAUCCUGGCCCGCAGGACGGAGAAGACCGCCAAGGUGCAGGCCCUCCUGCCCUCCAUGGUAAAGGGUCUGAAGAAUGUGGAUGGGCUGCUGGUGGUGGAGGCGGUCCACAACCUCAAGACCAUCUUCAAGGGGCAGGACCGGAAGCUGACGGACAGCUCAGUCUAUGUGGAGAUGCUGCAGAUCCUGCUGCCACACUUCAGUGAUUCACGAGAGGACGUGCGCCGCUCCUGCAUCAACCUGUAUGGCAAGGUGGUCCAAAAGCUGCGGUCGCCCUGCACCCUGGCCAUGGAGGAGCAGCUGAUCAGCACCUUGGUGCCCUUGCUGCUGACCAUGCAAGAGGGCAAUGCCAAGGUGAGCCAGAAAUGUGUGAAGACCCUGUUCCGCUGUUCUUGCUUCCUGGCUUGGGAAUUGCCAAAAAGAGCUUACAGCCGGAAGCCCUGGGACAACCAGAAGCAGACGGUGGUCAAAAUUUGCAAGUACCUUGUGGACACCCAUCGAGACAGCGCCUUCACAUUCCUCAGCCAGAGCCUGGAGUAUGCCAAGAGUUCCCGGGCCUCCCUCCGGAAGUUCUCAGUCAUGUUCAUAGGGUCCCUGGUCCCCUGCAUGGAGAGCAUCAUGACAGAAGACCAUCGGAAUGAAGUUAAAGCUGCUCUGGAAAACUUGAGACACGACCCAGAAGCAUCAGUGUGCAUCUAUGCGGCCCAGGCCCAGGACAACAUCCUGGCCAGCUGCUGGCGGAACUCCUGGCCACUGCCGCACGGGGACUCGUGGGUGUGUGACCCAGCCACCACGCACCGCUGGAGCCCUAGCUGUGAGAACCUGCCCACUUCCCACCAGCGGCGCUCCUGGAUCAUGCAGGCGCUGGGCUCCUGGAAGAUGUCCUUGAAGCAGUGAUGUCCCUGAGCCCCCAGCCCUCCUUGGAGGUGGCCAUGGCCCCAGCCAUGCUCACUAUAAAGGCCACGUGGCUUGCCUCUCCCCACGGAGUGUUUCCUGUGAGAUGAGCAUGGCCUUCAUCGUUGACUCAGUCAACAUUUAUAGACACACAUAGGCUGUCUUGUCCACAUCUUAUAGGUGGGGAAGCUGAGGCUCAGAGAGGUGGAAUGGCUUGCUCAAGGCCACACAGUAAGUCUGCUAGAUGUCUCAGUUUCCCCUCCCUCACAGGGAGAGGAUAACAAAAGGAGAUGAUGAUUUGGGUGGCCUUUGGAGGAGCAAAAGAAGAGACUCUGCCCACCCCAUAAUAUCACGUACAUCCUCAAAUCCUAAUCUCUGGGUCCAACCCUCAAGUCUUUGCCGCGAGAUUGGCUACCACUCGUUCAGGCAACAUUUGUUGAGCACCUAAACUGGGCCAGGCCUGCUCUGGGUGCCAGAGAUACAGACGGGGACGAGACCCAGACCCAGACCCUGGGCAGUUCAUAAUCUGAUGCAGUGGUUCUCAACUGGGGGUGAUUUUGGCCAGGUCGGAAGACAUUUCUGGUUGUUACAACUUGGGGAGGGGGAUGUUAUCAUCACUCAGUGGGCAGCGGCCAGGGAUGCUGCUAAACAUCCUACCGUGCGCAGGACAGCCCCACAGCAAAGACUUGUCCAGCUCGGACUGUCAAAAGUGCUACGGUUGAGAAACUUUGGCUUCAUGGAACUAUCAGAGACAUAUAAAGACACCAAUAGCAGGUCAAUGCUGUGCUGAACAGCAGCAUGGGAGCUAUGAAGUUCAGAGGAGGUACACGGGCCAGCUGGGGGUUGGGGUGUCAGGGAAGACCUCCCAGAGAAGAGAGAUCCCCUCCAGGGGGUUUGGAAAGAUGACCACACGACAGGCAUGUGUGGAGAAGAGCAGGGCACAUGGGACCAAGAACCAACUGCAGAUAUGUAGGUGCCCUGGAGCCCAGAACGGGAGGGAAGAGGAGGACAAGGGCUGGGUGGGUGUGGCCUUGGAGCCUGGGUUAAGGAGAAAGGCUUCAGAGAGCCUGGGAAGGCACGGUGGGAAGGGAAGAGGCAAGCAGCGGGGAGAUGUUGGCAGAUGUCCGCUUUAGAAAGCUCCCUCCUCAUGCACACACAGGCACUGCUGAUGGAGGGAACGUGGUAGCCAUUCUGGACAGGAAUCUGUCACUCUUCAGUCAUGUUAGGUUUAUGCAUGCCCAUAACUCGGCAGUUCCACUCAUGGGCACACAUGUCAGGGAAAUCUUCCCAUAGGUCCCUGAGGGGAGAUGUAUGAGGAAGUCUGUCUUAGUGUUAUCUGUGGUGUGAGGGAGGGGAGGCAGCCUGGGGAGCCAUCCGCGGGGAGUGAAUGGGCACUGUGGAGUCCCACGAAACAGCUAGAGGCAGUAGGGGUACAGGGAGCACCAUGGAUGGGACCUAAAACCUAGUGCUGAGGGAAAAAAGUGUAUAAAACAUAUGCACAAAAGAAGUCACAUUUUGCAAGGACACUUACACACUGAAAAUGCACAUUAAAACAUAUUAAAGUGAUAGGAGUGGGAAAGGAGCAGGGCUCUGGAGCAUCAAAGGGAAUACAUGAAAAAACAGAGAGGAAGAAAGCUCAUGCAGGAGUAGAGGGAAAGUGCUGGAUGGGGAGGUAGACAAGAGCACAGACAGGGAGACCCGGCUGGAGGCUUCGGGGCCUGCCCGGGGCCUGGCCUGCAGUGCAGGAUGGAGAGGGUGACUGGACCUGUGGGAGACUGAGGAAGGAGAAUUUUCAGAAUCUGGUGGUUGACAAGAGGGAGAGCAAAAUGUCAGGAUGGUGCCCAGGUUUCUGGGUGGAUGAUCGGGCCAGUGGUGUCCCCCACUGAGUGUCCCUCAGGACCAGGAAUAGGUCUGGGGAGGGGUGAGUUCAGUCUGGACGUGGUGAAUGUGAGGGGCUUGUCCGCCAUGCUAGUGGAGACAGCUCCCAGGUACUGGCUGCAUGCAGUGGAGCUCAGCAGAGGGAUCUGAGAUGGAAAGAGAUUUGGGAUUCAUCUGUGCACAGGUGUGAGCUGAGAUUCCCUGGGUGAGUGUGCAGAGCGGGAAGAGACAUAAACCUGAGAGGCACCUAUAUAUAAGCUCCUGCUGGGGAUGGGGAACCCAUGAAGUUGACCACAUAAUCAUCUUCCAGUAAGUGUAAACCCCUUGGGGUCUUACUACCCCAGUAAGUAUACAUCCCAUCAGGAUUCUGGGCCUGAGAGAGUAGGAAAUGGGGUGGUCCUUUUAUAUAACUUUGUCCAUUGCCAAGAAUGUUCAUGAGCACUGCCUCGUUUGAAUCUCACAGCAGCCAUAUGGAAUUACAGGGAAGGCAGGCUGGCUUCACUGACCACAUUCUAUGGAUGAGGACAGGGCUCAAAGACAGGUGGGUCUUGUCCAAUGUCACUCCAGGAAGCAAUAGAAGUAUGGAUCCCAAAGGCCUCCCAACUCCCAUGCCUGAGCCCUUUCCACUCAAAGACACUGCUGCUUUCAUUGGCCAGAACCCUGGUCUGGGUGGCCUUGGCAAAAAACAGUCACCUAUUCUGGGUCUGGGUGGUCCUGAAGCACAAUGGAAUCUGAUAGGCUCAAUUAUUGGCCAAGGCCCCCAAGUAGUCUCUAGCUGGAAGGGUCAAAGAGCACUUCCCUUCCCUGAACCUUUCCUAUCAUCACCUGUAAAACGAGUUCUUACAGGAUUUUAUAGGAAUCAAAAUUUUAAAAGGAAGCUAAAAGACUUUGUGGGCUCUGUAUUCAAGAAGGGAAAAUAAAUGAAGAGAAUAAAAGGGAAUCAUUAGGGAGCAGGCUAGAGGAGGAAGUGUGGAAAAGGAGGUUUGGAUUUAGAGAAAAGGGAGCGUUUGGACCAGGUGUUCUGCUGGAUGUGGGUGAGGUAGAAGGGAAAAGACAUAGUCCUGGCCCUGGAAGGCUCAUGGCCCUCCAAGUGUCAUCCUUAGCCCUGCUGUCUGUCUCAUCCUCGUAUCAAAUAAUGAGCAAGCCUGCCAGCUCUGCUUCUGGGCUUCAGAUCUCUUUUCUCCCCUGGCCUCUCACCAGCAUCCUCCUUGUCAAUCUCUUAACCCAGACUCCCCCAUCAAUCCUUCACCUGGCAACCCAGACCUUCCUAAGACAAAUUUGCCCUUAGGUCUGUCAGUGGCUCACUGUCCUCUGCAGGAUAAAGACCUACAGGGCAGUCAGGCCCUCUGGCCCCUACCCACCUUGCUGGCCUUCCUCUUAACUCUU